UCUCUUUUACAGUUCUUUUGUGAUAUAUGGAUAAUGUUGCGUUCUUUUUCGAUGGGUUUUCGAUAACUGAGAAAAAUGAUCGAUAUUUGAUGUGCAUUGUAAAAUCUUUGGUAUAGAAAUAUGGCUGUCAACGCUCCAAAUGGCCGUCCUGGACGCUACAUGGUUCCUGCACCAACUGCAGAUGAAUGGAGCAAAUUGUCGGAUUUUGAAAAGGAUCGCAAAAGAGGACAGGAAUGGCUGAAGCGUUCUUAUGGAUGGGAAAUUAAUGCGGAUAAGCUUGCCGGUCAAUCUAAGUGGAUUGGAGACAAGGUGCUGGGCAAGGGCUGUGCCGUAAUUAAAAAGGGUACAUACGUUAAAGGAAAUUAUAUUUACGAAAGGUUCGUUGUGAAACAAGCAUCUAGUCCUCAAGCAAAAGCAUCAAUGCAAAAUGGGGCCUACAUUAGCAAAUGCUUAGGAGAGGAAGCUCUUAACCACAAGCCUGAGCACAUAGUUACGCCGAUCGGGGGUUAUAAAGAAGACGCGGGUACUGGUACCGAUGACACAUUCGAUCCUGUGUAUGUUCACGACUUUGCCCCGGAUACGGUGGCAAGGAUAUACACGCCGUACUAUGAAGGAGGGAAUUUUCAGCAGUGGCUAGAUGAAAAUUACAGGUGGGUGCUUUGUAUCGUAAUUGUUCCAACUUAUAGUGAGUCAUCUCAGUUCAGAAUAUCCAUCGGAGAAUGAUGUUUGGAGCGUUAUGGAAUGUUUGGCAAGAAUAUGUAUGAAUCUAGAGCAUGGGUAUGAGGCACGCGGUCUCAGAGCUGAUAGAAAGGCCUUUCAACCAAUCGCUCAUCUUGAUAUAAGACCUCAAAGCAGUAAGCAGCCCUUUCACUUGAGGGAAAGCCAGAAAUACUAAACUAUCUAGUUUUUUGUAACCGUAGCGAUCUGAGAACAGAUGGGCAGCACGCUAUUCGCACAAAAUUCUCGGUAAGCAAAAGCAUUCAUGUCCAGGGGAUGGCUCUAAUGUUGAAUUCCAGCUUGGGAAAUUUGAGAAAGCAGUACACGUUCCUUCUGACCCUACAGACAAAAAAUGGAUGUUUCGUGUCCAUGGACGUGCUGACCCAAAAUGGGCUGCUCCGGUAUGUAGUUAACACCUUAACCCAAAAUCUCUCGCUUAUAGUGUUAUCAGGAACAAAAAUAUCCACAAAUGGAAGGGCGUAGCAUCUCUUCAUCCUGCAAUGUCUUUGGAAUAGGUGCCCUGCUCUACUAUAUGAUAAAAGGAAAGGAAAUCGAUGAUCGAGCAUGGAGAAUUGGGAUGCCGGGAUCCGCUUCUAAUCCAGAAGUCAAGCUUUGCUUUGGAGGAGACCUGAUUACAGAACCUGUCGCGAAACAACAGGAGUAUUCCAAAGCUCUUAUUCGGGUAAUUUUAGAAUGUCUCGCAUAUUUACCCAGUGAUCGAAUUACUGCUGCAAAUCUCCGAGACGUAAGUGCCAGGGCGACGGAGAAAGCUUCGAGACCAUGGCUUUACAGUGAAACACAAUAUACUCCGGGCGAUCCGGCAACUAUUUUCCAGCCUCAGGAAGAACUACAACCCAACGACUACACUGUUGAGGAUCUGACACUGAGAGACAAGAUUCCCGUGUACAAUCCUCCCAGAGAUCACCCAGAGACUUUACGAGCUCGAGCGGAAAAAUGGCUGAGUAACUUCUGGCUAUUUCCUGAUAGUACGAAGAGUCAAGAAGCUAGAGACAAACAGAGAGAAAUGUAUGAGAGAGAAGUCGAAAAACAGAGACAAGAGGCAGAAGCCGCGGAGGCUAAGAAGCAAGCUACAAUUAAGGCUAGAGCCGAGAUACAUGCAACAUUUCGUCUUGCGGAGAAAGCGGAAGAGGCAGCACGUAUCCAGUUGCAACAAGAUCUAGCUAAAGCUAGAGCGAAAGCGAUUCAGUCUCUUGCAGAACUUGAUAGUGAAGAAGCAGAACAGAUACUACUACCUCAGCCCAAUAAUAAGCGUGAUCGAUCUCCUGAGCCGCCCCAAGAGACAGAGAAGAGAGUUCGUUUCAAUCCUUCGCUUGUGACUGAGGGCCGUGAAUCUCCGACACGGGGUAUAUUAAAAAGUAUAUUAAAACCGUCGGAGAAGGACAAAGGGAGGGAGACUGUUGGGGUUCCAAAUAUUCUGGUAUCGAAAGAACUUGGUGUCUCAACACAAGCUGGUUCAGCAUCUCUACCUAGUCCAUCGAUAGGGUCUGGUAACAUAGCACAAGGAAAAGCAACAUUUCAGUCGGAAUUACCAAUAACAUUUGGUGAUAACACAGCAACUUCAGUAUCGGCACCUUCGGUAUCAGCACCUUCAGUACCAGCACCUUUACUUCCAGCACUUUCAGGGCAGGCAUCUCUACCAAAAUCACCGGUAGUAUCUGGUAACACAGCACAAGCAAAACCAGUAUCUGUAGCGAAACCGCCAAUAACAUCUGGUAAUAUAAUACCUUCAGGACAAGCACCUUCAGGAUUAGCACCUUCAAGUCCAGCACCCUCGGGAACGACAUCUCUAACGAAACCACCACAAACAUCUGGUGCCCCAGCCCAAGCAAGGCCAAAUCCCUCUGAUUAUCGGGCAGAAGAGCGCCGAAAAAUAAACGACGAAGCUAAUAGAAUGACAGCUGAAGAAAGGGCGGACGAAGCAAAAUGGGAACGAGAAGUGAGCGAGUAUCAGAGCCGGCGGGAAGAGGAGAAAAGGCGCAAAGAGCAAGAGGAAGAAGGGCGCGAAAGGCAAGCCGAAGCAGAUGAGGAAGCAGAGAAAGCUUCAAAAGUACUCGAGCCUCCCAUUGGAGGCGCAUCAAGAGCUCUCUCAAGUAACGUGGAUGUACCUAGCAUGCGCAGGCGUCGGGAGUCUUCACCAGAACCAUGGGGCCCAAGCCGCAUUCAUUCUGAUAUCGAUAAUGAUAAUAAUAAUAAUAAUGGAGAUGACGAUGAUAGUGUGGAAGAGGUAACUUGUACGGGGUCACGCGCUCGCUCACUUCCUCGACCCAAGCCUCCCGGGGGAGACCCAGCUAAUUGGCCGGCAUUGGGCGGAGUUCCGGAAAGAUUUCAAGAAGGAAUGCAAGCAGAGCAAUCUAAAACACUGUAUUGCUCUCUUUGUGGCAAAGCUUAUGAGCUGAGAUCAUAUCUUGAAAGGCAUAUAGAGAAUUUCCACUGGGGGAGACACGCAGUGAUCGUGAGGCAGAAACCACCGAAUCCAGAAGCACAACCCGCUAAGCCAUCGAAACCCGUCCAGAAAAAGAAGAAAGGAAAGGCUCCUGCGAAACGUGCUAAGAAGCCUGCUGCGAGAGGUGCUAAAAAGCGUGCUGCAGAAGAUGCUAAAGAAUUGACAGACGCGGAGGUUCUAGAAUUCCUGAACGAGGAAUUUUGAAGUUUCAAGUGACGAGAUUUGGAAAUGAAUAAAUAUGUAUUCAACUUUUAAUUAUUUUUUCUUUUAAAUUAAAUUCAUAUUCAAUAGCUAGCAUUAAUUAAUUAAACAAUAUAUAUAAAUUGUUUAAGUUCUACAGAUAUUAACUUCUUAGUUCGUCAAAAUAAUUAAUAUAUUAUAUAAAUAUUAUUAA